UCCUCAACAGAACAUCCAGUUAUUGUAUCAUUUUGACUUCAAGUGGAAGGACAUAACCAGAAGUUUUUAAACAACAAAGAUAAAUCAAACAUCCCAAACAGAUAUGCAGUGGAAUCUUGUUCUUCUUACUGUAAUGGCUCAGAAUUUUCUGAUGGUUUGUCAGCUUUAUGAGUAUCACUAUAUUGAAGAGGAAAAGACCUGGGCUGAAGCUCAGCGUUACUGCAGAGAGAAACACACUGACCUGGCCACAGUGUCAAACAUGACAGACAUGAAGAGACUCCUCAACAUCUCACCAGGGAAUGUGCGUGAAGCUUGGAUUGGUCUGUACGACCAAACAAAACCCCAAAGAACAUGGCACUGGUCUCUGCCUGGGGUGGAGUACAAUGAGAGUGAGGCAAACUGGGAAAUAAAUGAACCAAAUAAUUGGGGACCUAAAGGUCAAAAUUGUGGCAUUAUAUGGAAAACUAACAUACAUUCCUUAAAGUGGGGAGACAUAUCCUGUAAUGAACAGUAUGCUUUUCUCUGCUAUGAUGACAAUAAUUCAUCAAAGAUGUUUCACUUCAUUAAAGAAAGAAAGACCUGGCUGAAAGCCCAGAGUUACUGCAGAGAGAAACACACAGACCUGGUCAGUGGACGGAACCAGCUACAGGAGAAAUACAAGGACAAUGGGUUGUACUUUCAGGAUACAAAUUUGGAUUACAUAUUUAUGGGCCUGUUCAGCGACACCUGGAGGUGGUCAGAUGGAAGUAGUUUCUCUUUUAGACACUGGAAUCUACAGUUUGACAACCAGAGGAUCAACAGUGGUCAAUGUGCCAUGGCUGUGUUUAAUGAUGAAGGCAGAUGGAAGAAUGAGAUCUGUACUCUAAGAAAACCAUUCAUCUGUUAUGGUGAAAGUACAGUGAUUCUGAUCAAAGAAAAUAAAACCUGGGCGGAUGCAUUAUCCUACUGCAGAGAUCAUCACCAUGGCCUGAUCACCAUCACCAACCUGGAUGAGCAGAGAUGGGUGCAGGAGGAAGCCCAGUUUGCAUCCACUCCCUUUGUCUGGAUGGGACUGCACUAUGCCUGCACUCUCGAUUUGUGGUUCUGGAUUAGUGACGAGGUGGUCAGCUAUAAGAAUUGGGCCUCAGGUGAACCUAUGGAUGACUGUAAUAUGUCUGGAGCCAUGGAGACAGGAGGAAAUCAUCAGUGGUUCAAAACAAAUGAUACUGAGAGGUUUAAUUUCAUCUGUUCUAAGAAAAGGCGCUGAGGAUAAGUGCUGUGUAUAAAGGCAGAAAACAUAUGAAAUAAUUCCAAAUUGUAUAGUAGUUUAUAUUGAUUUGUUUUUGUUGUGGUUUGCAUAUUAUGUCAUACGUUUCAUGUACAUUAUAAUAACUCAAAGCGUUAAGGUCAGUAAUAUCCUAACUCUAAGGCAGAAAAUGAAAAUAAAACAUAGCUUGUUUUAAAUUUGA